AAACACAUUCUGAAAUUUGUUCAUUAAUGGAAGAUUUUAGCCAACUUGAAAUCUUUUACCAACCCGAGAAUGAUUAUGAAAUCAAAAUGAAAGAAGUACUUGAAACAAAUGAUCUUUAUUCUGAAAACAUAUACGAUCUAGAAAAUGAAAAAAUAACAUAUUUUGAUAAUCCAGUUCUUACACCUUCACAAAUUAAAAAAUUUCAAAAAAUAUUUUCUCAAAAUACUAUUGAAGAAAAUAACGAAAAACAAGAAGUUAAUGAAAAAUUAACUAUUAUCCUAGAUCAGCAAGAAAAAGAAGCAUUUAUUCAUAAACUUCGUACAACA